AUGGAGCCGACUAAACACGGUUGUUUCACAUUCGACAACGACACCUUCUUUGCCACAACCUCCGACAACUACACCCACCCACGGGCGGAGUGGGAGGUCCUCUGGAGGAUUUUCUGUACCAGACUUCGAUUCAAGUUCCCCAACCCCGACCAUCCUGGUCACUGGUACAGGGCCCAGGUUCUUCACUAUGGACUGGCCCCUACUGGAAACGAUGCCAAAGCCAAGAUGAGACUGCAGGAUGCCUAUCAGGAUGGUCGUCUCACGAUCCCGAAGGGGAUUCUUAAAAUUGAAAAGGAGCUACAGCUAGAAUGGGAGAUUACGAAGGCUAUGCAGGAGGCUGUUGGCCCUACUCCAGCGCCCCAAUCUUCCGAUCAGUCUAGCGGCUGGACAGCUACAGUGGCUGACCAUACAAGAAAUGUUAAUCCUUUGAAACGAUCAACUGAGGAUGAUGGAGCCAGCAAUGACCGUGACUGUGAGUCGCAAUCCGAACGCAAGGAGAUGAUACCCAUUGCUCCCAACCAGAGUGCCGGUGAACUGCCAACCUCUGCAGCCCCUAACAGCUAUGUCGGUGUCUUGAGCUAUGUCAAACUCACCAUAUAG